AUGUUAUGGGCACUCGUUCUGUUUUUAUUGGUGCCUGCUACUUCAAGCCUUCACGAUCGCCAGAGUGGUCCGACCAAAUUUAGACACCAAGAGGUAGUGGCACGGCAUGGUGCUGUUGCUACUGAUGAUGGUAGAUGUUCAAGGAUUGGGAUUGAUGUUCUUCGUGAAGGCGGACAUGCUAUUGAUGGAGCUGUAGCCGCUGCCCUUUGCUUAGGAGUUGUGAGUCCAGCAUCAAGUGGCAUUGGUGGAGGAGCCUUUAUGCUAAUCAGACUAGCCAGUGGAGAGGUGCAGGCCUUUGACAUGAGAGAAACUGCGCCAAUUCGAGCUUCUGAGAAUAUGUAUAAUGGCAAUGCUACUCUAAAAGAAAGCGGUGCCCUUUCCGUUGCUGUCCCAGGAGAACUUGCUGGUCUUUACAAAGCUUGGAAACAACAUGGAAGGCUUCCAUGGGAAAGGCUUCUAAGGCCAGCUGAGAAGCUUGCUCGCAGAGGAUUCAAGGUUUCACGAUACCUCCGCAUGCAGAUGGAAAGGACACAAGCAGGUAUUUUGGCGGAUAAAGGGCUUCGCAACGUAUUUACAUCAAAUGGUGAUAUCUUGCAACCGGGCGAAAUCUGUUAUAACAAGAAACUAGCAGACACAUUAAGAACAAUUUCAAAAGAAGGAGUGGAGGCCUUCUAUAAAGGAACAAUCGGAUUCAAUUUGGUAAGAGAUAUUCAGAAGCUUGGUGGGAUACUGACAAUAGAGGACUUGCAGAGAUAUCAAGUUAGAGUUAGAGAACCGAUCAGCACUAACCUCCUAGGCUACAAAAUAAUCGGAAUGCCUCCUCCUUCUUCCGGGGGUGCUUCAAUGAUGCUUAUUCUGAAUAUUCUCGUUCAGUACGGAUUCCCUAAAGGCAUUUCUGGCCCCCUUGGGUUCCAUCGACUAAUUGAAUCUUUAAAGCAUGCAUUCGCUACUAGAAUGAAUCUUGGCGAUCCGGACUUUGCUAAUGUUACUCAAGUCAUAUCAGAUAUGAUCUCUCCAAAAUUCGCAGAAGAGUUGAAGAAAACCAUUUAUGACAACAGGACUUUUGAUCCUGUUCAUUAUGGUGGCAGAUGGAACCAGAUUAUUGAUCACGGCACAAGUCAUACAUCCAUCGUAGACAGUGAGAGAAAUGCUGUCUCCAUGACCAACACCGUGAAUGCAUACUUUGGGGCACAAAUAUUGUCUCCAAGUACAGGAAUUGUUCUGAAUAAUGAAAUGGACGAUUUCUCCAUGCCUAGGAACGAUACUGGGAAUGUUGCACCGCCUAAUUUCAUCAGGGCAGGGAAGAGACCGUUAUCAUCUAUGGCGCCUACUAUUGUGUUGAAGGAUGAGAAACUGAAAGGUGUGGUAGGUGCAAGUGGGGGAGCCAUGAUCAUUGCUGGGACUACAGAGGUUUUGUUAAAUCAUUUUGCCAAGGAAAUGGAUCCACUCUCUUCUGUCUUGGCUCCAAGGGUCUAUCAUCAGCUAAUUCCCAAUGUAGUACAGUACGAGAAUUGGACAACAUUGUUUGGCGACCACUUCGAACUACCUGGUGAUGUUAGGGCAUCCCUCCAGAAGAAAGGCCAUGUCAUGCAAGGCGUUGCUGGUGGGACCAUUUGUCAGUUUAUCGUUCAAGACUUAGAGACUACCAAAGCAAAUGAACUGAAGGGAAAGCUAAUUGGAGUUAGUGAUCCAAGGAAAGGUGGGUUUCCAGCUGGUUAUUAA